UUAUUAUUCCAAUGAUUAUGUAGUUCAGCCUACUACAUGAUUGUAGUUUAAUAACUUUGGUUUUGGCUCAUCAUAGCAAGACACUGCAGGAUGGCGACACGCAGCCGAGCUGUCGUCCUGAUGUUGCUGUGGCUCUGUGUCGCGAUCGGGGAGCCAUGGAUUGCGGGCGCGGAGGACGAUGGCGGAAUGUGCACUAUGGAAACAAAGAAAACCUGCUCUGACGACACCGAGGAUGCCAGUGGCGGGGAAAAGACGGACCAUUACAGCGAGGAGGUGAACACUCCAUCGGCUACUGAGGCUGCUGUUGGUUCUGACGCCAAUCCACCCAUGUCAACAAUGGCUGAUAGGCCCGCUGUAGAUAGCCAGCCAAAAAAGAAGAAGGCUAAAAAAGGUGCAUACUGGGAGGGACUGGAACAUCUUCACGUUGGCUGUGUGAUCUGCGGAGAUCGCGUGCCCGAAGCGCUGGUGAUGAUGAAGUCUGGUGUCGUCUUCUCCACGUCCCCGCUCACCUUCCACAUCUUCACUGAGGACAACCUGAAGAAGGACUUGUCCAAGGAGCUCAAUAAAUGGCCGGACGUGGAAAAGCAGCGCGUCACCUACAAGUUCCACCCAAUCAAGUACCCCGAUACCGAGGACAGCAAGACGUGGCGAGAGACAUUCAAGCCGUGUGCCACCAUGCGCUUGUUCAUCCCUACCACCACGGACAUUGACUCCCUGAUCUAUCUGGACACAGACAUACUCUUUAUGACACCUGUGGAGAAGGUCUGGAAACAUUUCUCCCAGUUCAAUUCCACACAACUUGCAGCCGUGGCUCCCGAGUCUGAGGACCUGGUAAAUAGUUGGUACCCGCGCUUUGCCCGUCAUCCGUUCUACGGCGCGGCCGGGAUUAACUCGGGCGUUAUGUUGAUGAACUUAACCAGGAUGAGAGCUGUUCACGACGGUAGAUGGCAGUCGGAACUGAUUGAGAUCUUCCGCGAGUAUCGCCACAACAUCAGCUGGGGCGACCAGUGCCUGCUCAACAUCUACUUCCAUCGUCAUCCAGAGCUUGUGCACGUGUACGGAUGCGACUGGAACUAUCGUCCUGAUCACUGCAUGUAUGGUGUCAAUAACUGCCAUCUAUCUCCCACUAAAUCCCCCAAGCUGUUCCAUGGCAACCGUCGAGCAUUCCACGACGUGCCACGUCAGCCCUUCUUCACGGCCGUGUACGAGGAGUUCGUGAAGAUGACACCUGACAACGGCCUCAAGUCCAAGCAGUUUGUCAAGGAUCUCGCCAAGGCGUUUGAUCGCAUCCAGAAAGAUAACUGUCUGCUGGCACGCAAGCCGCUCCUCGAUGGCAUUCGCCAGGCUAGCAAGUCCGUCUCGAGCCGGAAGGAGCGCCUGAAGAAGGCGGGCAAGUAAUGUGUGCGCGCGCGCGCGCGCGCGCGUGUGUGUGUGUGUGUGUGUGUGUGUGUUUAUGGCGAUACAUACUACCACUACCAACACUGACGACUGUCUGCAGGUGGACAGUUCCGACACUUGAUUCGAUUUGAUUGAUUUUUGUUCUUCUUCUAAUUGUCCGCAAACGCCAACACAGCCACUUACCCAUUUAGGAAACUUCACUUCUCAACUCUGAACUCCAAAAACGGUCUCUUCACUGGGAUUAAAAUUAAAAAUUUACAUUACACCAAAUUUUCGGGCCUGGCCCAUCAUCGGGGUAAUGAAUUUGGAUCCUUUUUUUUGGAGUUUGGAGUUGAGAAGUGAAGUUGAUUGAUUUUUUUGUUUAUAGUCUACAGACUAUUUAGUUUAGUUUGCUGGCCUUGCCAAUUGUGUCACCACGAUGCAUGUGUUAGUUCUAGAACAUUCACCUGCCUGCAUUAUUCGUCUUUGUAUAUCGUGUUUUUGCCUCCCCUUCCUCAAUGCCCUGAUGAUGCCCAAUGGGCGAAAUAUUGGCAAACGUAGCUAUUUGGUGCAGCUGAGAGCCUGUUGCCGGAAUGGCGGUAUUUUCAAGUGCAAGAAAUACGCUGCAAUAGAGUUUGGGACUUCUGAAGAGACUAUUAAAGACAUCUGUCUAUUAACAAUAGGCUUAGAACUGAGACAAAUGGACAUUGUCUUCUGCAGCCGCUCGUCCUCCUAGCAGCGUUCCAAGUUGCGUGCUUCCUUUAGGAAUCCCUUCGGGAAUGAUGCCGUUCCCUUAGCUGGCCAUAGUUAUUGUGCGCAUUAUGUUUCCCCGUUGCCCUUCCGCUUCUCGCUAGUCCAGUUCAAGUUGUUGUUUUGUAAGGUUUAAAAAAGCAUGUAAUGGAGUUUAUCAGUGGACUUUUUUCCUGCGUUCGUUUCCUUAAUUUAUUUCUCCUCCGUGUCUGAGCUUUCCUUGAGCAAGUCUGUGCCUUGAGACCCUUGA